UAUAGAAAAAAAUUUAUCACAUUUCUUCAUUACAAGUCUUAAAAUUAAAAUGAAUUUUAUAUUUCUAAUUUUUGCUUCAACAUUUCUAUCUGUAUCUAUCAACGCCAAUGGAUUACAACAAGAAUUCUUAUUAAAUCAAUUAUCUCAAUUGAAUAAACCACCGGGAAUAAUAAAUGUAUUCGAUAUCACAGAUACAGCCAUUAAUCUACAAUGGAAUAAUAAUUACAGUGAAACACGAUCUCAUAUUUUCAUAUACAACAUCGAAGACAAGAGUAAAAAAAUUAAAAAAUAUAAUACUACUUCAAAAUCUGAAGAAUAUAGAAUAACUGAACUUUAUCCAGGAUGUGUGUAUAAAUUCGAAAUUUUAAGUUUGAGAACAGAUUCUAGUUUGGAUUUGGAAUUUGAUAGAUUUCUUAGCAAAGAAAUUAUCACUGACAAACCAUUAGAAAUUACAGAUAAACCUGCUACACUAAAAGAACCGCUUUUGAUAUAUGAUGUCACAUAUACAGAAGUAACACUUCAAUGGUGUAAACCUAUGCAUAAUCUUUACAAUACAACAAUAACGUACAAUAUCAUGUGGUCGGAAACUGAUUUAUGGACAUGGGAAACUAUUGUAUUUUACAGUGCAUCCGAAUAUCCACUAUACAAAAUCACUGGACUUAAGUCAGGCAAAAGAUAUAAUUUUCAAGUUCAAGCCUACAACAAUAAAGGAAGUUCCAAUAGUCUUGUACAAGAAGAAUUUAUUAUUAGACAUCCAUUAGAUUCAACGAUUAAUAAUUUCCACAAGGAAACAUCUACAGAACUCAAAAUUAUUGAUGUCAUUAAUAAUACAGUCAAUCUUCAAUGGAAUAAACCUGAGAAUAGUACCACCAAUAUGGAGUACGCGAUUUUUAUAUUAAAUUUAAAUACCAUGAAGCAUUGGCACUUUGGAAAUAUUAAAUUAAACUCUACAAUGUACAAAGUCGAAAAUCUACCAACAGGAAGAACAUAUAAAUUCAUUGUUAAAGCAUUAGAUGACAAUAAUUCUGAUCCUCUUGUUAGCGAAACAGUAAUGAUAAAAAGUCCACUAGAUAAACCUAAUUCACCAAAAGGACCAGUUUAUGUGAAAAAUAUCACAAAUACAACAGUCGAUCUACAGUGGCGUGAACCUGACAAUAGUAGCAAUAAUACAUCGUACACAGUGUUUAUAACAAACAUACAUGAAAUGAGGACUAGCGUUAGAUACCAUUUUAUUUCAUUAGACAAAAUAAGUCAUACAGUUACAGGACUACAACCAGGAAAUGAAUAUAUAUUCUAUAUUUGUGCAACAGUGAAUGAUAUUAAUUCUGAUCCUCUAAAGAGUGUUCAAAUUAGAACUAAGGAUCUAUGAGACGUUUUUGACUAAUUUUUAAUCAGAAAUUAUUAAUUUUUAAUUGAAAACAACUAAUUCAUUUCGUAAGGCUACAAUUUAAAAUUUACUUUACUAAAUGAAUUAGUAAUUUUUUUUUUACUAACAAUUAGUCAUUUUUUACUAAAAAUUAGUCAAAACGGUUACUAAUUUAUUUAAUCGUAUUGGUAGAGAUUUCCUCGGCUUAUAUAGUCGCGUCCCUACCCUUAAUUUUCCGAGGUAAGUAAAAUUCAAAAUGUGCGAGUGUGUGAGUAGGAAAUUUUAAAUUGAUUGAGUUUCUAUUUUUGAAUAGCCAAUUAUAUUUAAAUUAAAAUCUAAGGACAGAGCUAUUUUUCUCUUUCUGAUUCCGUUUCUAACGCUCGACGAAAACAAUGCCAUUGUCUACAUGUCAAUCAUUUUCCUUUUACUGACUUUUAUUUCCAAAAAUCUUUAAUAU